ACGGCGACGGCAGAAAUCCUCUGCACCUGGCGGCCAUGGAGGGGCACGUCUCCGUAUUGUGUGUGUUCUUUGAUAACAAUCCCCCAUUGGAUUCAUGAGUUGCUCAAAGCUAUAGAUGGCGGCGGCAACACCAUCCUUCAUCUGGCUGUCAAGAACAAGAAAUUUGAGGCUGUAAAGUUGUUGCUUAAUAUAGUAAAAGAUCAAGUGAAAGCUAAGAACAUGCAAAGGACAGACAACCCCUUAAAUAUAAUGAACAAAUGCGGGUACACAGCUCUGGACAUUCCGGAGGAAAUCAAAUUUGAAGUACUAGAUUUUGAAAAUGUCAAGGAAUUGUUUCGAGGAGCUAAUGCCUUGAAAGCUAAAGAAGUCAAUCAGGUUGAGUGGCUGUCCAAGAAGCAGAAUGCAUUGAUGGUGGUGGCGUCGCUUAUCGCAACCAUGGCUUUUCAAGCCGGAGUGAGCCCUCCUGGUGGUGUCUGGCAAGACAAUUCACCCAACAAUUCAACAAACGGCCAUAGAGCUGGAGAAGAUGUGAUAGCGUAUAACUAUCCAGAUUCAUAUCCACUGUUCCUUCAUGCCAACACAAUAGGAUUUGUGGCAUCAAUAAGCACAAUUCUAUUUCUAGUGACCGGAUUGCCCUUCAAGAAAAAGUUUAUAUGGAUCAUGGUGCUGAUCAUGUGGCUCACAGUUACAUCCAUGGCAUUUACAUACGCAUUUUCAAUCACUGUGAAUUGUGAUCACCCCGAAAAAGGAUAGGGGACCUCUCAGCGAUGCCAUUUCUAUCGGGGUGGUUGUUUGGUGCGGUGUGAUGGCUCUUCUUUUGGUAGCUAACUCAAUUCGCUUGUUGAACCGCUGGUUGAAAAUCAGCCACCAAAUAGACGUACUGCCAUGGAUGAAGAAGUUCUCAAACUCAAUUCACCACCAACCAGCUAGAAAUGAUUUGGAUUCAGCUUCAACUAAUGGGAAUGCGUACCCUUUUCGAUCUGUAGCUUUAUCGGUGAAUUCAAAUUAGUGUAGAGAAGGUUAUAUCUUCGAUAGAAUAAGCAAAGUUCCCCUACAAUAUGUGUUGUUUCGUUGUCUAGCUAGUUGUAAUGCUUGGAAACUGAAAUUUAGUUUUUUUUUUUAUGUGUCAAAUCACAUAUUAAUGUUGUUCUACGCUUCCACUAGGACUUAUGUUCUUUAGUUGUUGUACAAUUAGGGAGUUUCUGUUGUGUGGCUGGGCUAUGGAGGACAUCCAUUCGGAAGCUAGUUAUAUUUUCUACAUUGUGUUGGCCGCUAUGGGGGCAAUAAGCAAUUCCCCUGGUCCAUUAGGGGCCUUUUCUGCCUUUGACGAGUGUGCGAGCUUUGAGGCUCAAUACGUUGACAAUUUUUUUUAGGUGACUUUAUCUCCUACUGUUCCUUCAAGUCAAUCACUUAAAUGGCAACCUCCCCAAUUGGUUUGGUGUUCACACAAGGAAGAAGGAAGAUGAGAAAAAAUAAGGAAGAAAGGUGCCAUAUGGAAAAU